AUGGUGAAAACAGAUGGAGUGGAAGCUGAUGUUAUGGACACUAACACCAGCAAGCCCAAGGAGCAAGGAAGUACUUCAAAGGAUGGGAGUGCCAUAAGAAACAGCCAGAGUAUGGAAGCAGCAGAGAAACGCAGCCAGCAGCUGUCGGGGCUGCUGGCGAUGAAUAUCCUCUUCCUUGGAGCAGCUUUUGUCCUGAGCUCCAUCUUCAACCGCUCAUUGGUGCCAGGGGACACAGUACUGAUCCUGCUGAUGGUACUGGCGUCUCUGGCUGUGGGCUGGAUGAUGUAUCACCAGUCCAUCACACAUGGUCUUAUUCACCGGGAUCUCCAUGCUGGAGCCAUCUGGCUCAGAGGAGCAGUGCUUCUCUUUGGAGUGUGUACUAUUCUGCUUGAUGCUUUCAAGUUUGGCUACUACUACCAAUUCCGGAAUAGUGGCCUUACCGUGAAGAUAGUCUAUCCUGUUGUGGAAGCCAUCUUUGUUAGCACCCAGACAUACUUACUAUGGUUUCAUGCAAGAGACUGCAUCCACAUGUACCAAGAUGCCACCAGGUGUGGACUUAUGGUGACCUUGGCCACAGACCUGGUGGUGUGGAUGACUGCAGUUACUGACGACUCUGUCCACAUGGAAUUAGAAGCUGAGCAGCUGGCAUCACACAACAGGAAUGGCUCGGAGAUCACAGGUGUUUGGAACCUGUCAGACUUGAGUUGCCAGAGUGAGCUCUGCACCAUUUUCCAGAAGGGUAUUGUUAUCUUGUACCCCUUCAGCAUUGAAUUCUGCCUCAUCUCCUCUACCAUGCUAUAUAUUAUGUGGGGCAAUGUGGGGCGCACCAUUGACCACCAUGAGACUCACACCAGCUACAGUUUCCAAGGUCACGGCUUAGUUGCAGGACCACUGCUAGGGGUGACGGUGAUCAUUACUGGUUUGGUUAUCUUCAUCCUGUACCAAAUGGGGGUGUCCGCUGACUUCAGGCAACCCACACCCUUCAUCCAGUUCUACAUCUUCAACAUCGUCCUCCUCUCUGCUAUGUCUCUCUGCUCACUGGCUGCACUGGUGGUGCACAGAUGGGAGAUGAGGGAAAUGGACAGCAGAGAGAACCCUACCCGCAGUCUGGAUGUGGUGUUGCUGCAGGUUGCAGCCCUGGGACAGUUAUGCAUCUCAUACUUCUCCAUCGUAGCUAUCGUCUCCACCCAUCCCAAGCGCACCAUCGAUACUCUGAACCUCACCUACUCCUUGCUCAUCAUCAUUGAACAUAUGCUGCAGAACCUCUUCAUUAUUGAGGGCUUGCACAGACAGUGUCUUCUGGAGGAUGCUUGUCAGAACUUUGUUGAUGUUUGCAAUAAAGAAUUCAUUAACUUGCAGAAUUUGAAGAAGCAGGAAUCUCCACCCUCAGGAAUGGUCCAGGAACCCACAGCUGCAACAAUAAGUGUACAGACCAACGUGCCAACCAAACUAAGUAGUGCAGCUAACUCAGCAGAUGGAGCACUGGAUUGUUCAUCCAUCCUAGACCAAAGGAACCGAGCUCUAGAAAUGACCAGCACACUGAAUUGGAAACGGAAGUUAUUGAAGGAAAUCUCCAUGUUUAUGAUCAUGUCCAACCUUAUUCUCUGGAUUAUGCCAGCAUUCGGAGUACAGCCCCAGUUUGAAAAUGGACUGGAGAAACGAUUCUAUGGGUUUUCCAUCUGGUUUGCCAUUCUAAACUUUGGUUUACCACUGGGCGUCUUUUACCGGAUGCAUUCUGCAGGCAAUCUGCUGGAAAUCUAUCUCUCUGCUUGA